AUGUAUAAAAAUCUGGAUAUUGAUGAUAAUUUAAAAAAAGUACUAGCUGAAAACUAUCCAAAUAUAGAUGAUUUAAUAAACGAAGAAAAUAAAUCAACAUCUAGUGAUAAAUGGCAAAGUGAUAAAUCAGUCUUAUUAGAAUUAUCUAAAUUAUCUAAAUUUUCUAAGUCUCAUGAAAGGUUUAAGCAAAUCAUUAGUGGAGACUAUUCAAAUAUAGAUGAUUCAAUAAACGAAGAAAAUAAAUCAACAUCUAGUGAUAACUUAAUGCUGUUUAGUAAUUUGUCACUUACAAAAGAUUCAGAACUAGGAAAUCAGCACUGUUAG